AUAUGCCAGUGUUUGCCUUGCAGGGCCUCUGACUGGAAGCUGGACCAGCCAGAUUGGACUGGACGCCUCCGCGUUACCUCUAAAGGGAAAAUUGCCUAUGUAAAGCUAGAGGACAAAGUUUCAGGGGAGCUUUUUGCCCAGGCUCCAAUCGAUCAAUAUCCUGGCAUUGCAGUGGAGACAGUGAAUGAUUCAAGCCGGUAUUUUGUCAUCCGGAUUCAGGAUGGAAACGGGCGCAGCGCCUUCAUCGGCAUUGGCUUUGGAGACAGAGGAGACGCCUUUGACUUCAACGUGGCCCUGCAGGACCACUUCAAGUGGGUGAAACAAGAGACAGAAAUCUCCAAGGAGUCCCAGGAGUUGGACAGCAGGCCCAAGCUCGACCUUGGUUUCAAGGAAGGACAGACCAUUAAACUGAACAUUGGGAAUAUGCCCACCAAGAAAAGUGGGUCAGCCAAGCCCCGCCCCACCGGAUCAGGUGGACUCAGCCUCCUCCCGCCACCGCCGGGGGGCAAAAUGGCUUCUCCUCCUGUUCCCCCUCUUCCGUCAACAGCCAUCGCUAACCACGUAACUCCACCCCCCGUGCUGAAAUCCGGCAGUGCUGGCAACACAGAUGUCCUACUAGACUUUGAUUUGCCAUCUCCUGCUUCCAAGGGGCCCACACCUGCCAUAGUUCCAACCACUGCAGACCUUUGGGGAGACUUCAGUACUGCACCCAGCGCAGUUCCCAGCCAGUCUCCUCAGCCGUCGAACUGGGUUCAGUUCUGAAGAAGUGGAAUGGAGGAAAUGGAAAUGGACCAGUGACCAAGGCUGAUGGGCCCACUUGGCAUGGGAGUUACCUGACAUCCUUGGCUCUUUAGUC